UAGGCGCUCUAGUUUUGUUGGUCCUUACCAGGUAAGAGGUCAGCGGUUCAACACUUGCUAACAGUAACAUUUGGCAGAAAGAGCUCAAAAAGAAUACAGAGAGUAGAAACAGACGUUAAACAUGUUACACGUUGGCAGCAGAAGCAAAACCAUAUCCCUCUCAGAUUACAAAGUCACAAAUGGAUACGGAUUUUACCACAUAGUAAGAUGCAACUGCAACCAUGCUUCAUCAUCGGUGCGGCCCCAAGAGGUAAUUAUAAAGGAGAGAAUAAGAAAAAUGUUUGGGAAAAUAGAGAUAUCUCCAUCUUGCUAUGACACUGCUUGGGUAGCCAUGGUCCCUUCAAGAGAUGAGCCGAAGCAGCCAUGUUUUGCACAGUGCUUGGAUUGGAUCCUUGAAAAUCAGAGAGAAGAUGGAUCUUGGGGUUUGAGUCCUACCCACUCAUUGCUUGUGAAAGACUCCCUUUCUUCUACUCUGGCUUGUUUGCUUGCUCUCUCCAAAUGGAGUGUCGGACACAAGUUAGUCCAAAGAGGACUGGAUUAUAUAGGAAGACAGAGUUGGUCAAUUGAUAAUAAGGGUCAAAUUUCAGCGGGAGGAUUCGAUAUUAUAUUUCCUAGCAUGAUCAAGUAUGCAAGGGAACUGAACUUGAAUGUGCCUUUGGACCAAAACCUCGUAAAUGUCUUGUUCCAGAAACAAGAUUCAGCAAUGGAAAGGAAUGAUCUGAUGGAGUGUAAAACCAACCCUGAAUAUUACUAUGCCGAAGGCCUUGGCGAAUUAUGUCAAUGGGAAGAGUUGAUGACUUAUCAAAAGAAGAACGGAUCACUUUUCAACUCACCAGCCACUACUUCAGCUGCUUUGGUUUUUCAUUGCCAUGAUGAAAAGUGCCUUGGAUACAUAAAUUCAAUCCUGAAACAACACAAAGAUUGGGUUCCUACUAUUUAUCCUACGACAAUACCUACACGUCUGCAAAUGGUCGAUACCCUGCAAAAGCUGGGAGUGGACCGACAUUUCGAAGCAGAAAUCAGAACUGUUCUAGAUGAAACAUACAGACUUUGGGAGCAAAAGGACGAAGAGGUUUUUUCAGAUGUUGCUUAUUGCGCCAUGGCGUUUCGACUAUUACGGAUGUACAACUACAAAGUUUCCUCUGAAGAAUUAGCACGAUUCAUAGGUCAAGAACAUUUCAUCAAUUCGUUAAAUGCACAAUGUACAAGUCAUGAGGAUGCAAUUCUUGAGCUACACCAAGCCUCACAGUUGGCCUUUGAUGAGAAAGAUCACAUUCUGGAUGAAAUAAGUACUUGGACAGAAGCUUUUCUGCAGCAGGAGUUAUUAGAGGACAGUAAUCUUGAUAGGAUGUCACAAAACGAGGUGGAACACGCUUUGAGGAAUUUCAGUGCAACCCUUGAACGAGCCGAAAAUAGACGAUACAUCGAGUCAUAUGAUGUAAAUAUGUUCAAAUUUUCAAAAACAGCUUACAGGUCCCCCAACAUAUACAACAUGGAUUUCACACUAUUCUCUAUGCAUGAUUUUAAUUUAUGCCAAACAGUACACCAGCAAGAUAUUCAAGAACUCAAGAGGUGGUAUGAAGAUUGCAAACUAGACCAAUUAGGAAUUUCACCAAAAUAUAUAUACACUUCAUAUAUGCCAAUGUCUUCAUUAUUCUUCGGACCUGAAUUCUCGGAUGCUCGUUCCGUGUUUGCAAAAUAUGUUUUGCUCACAACUCCACUUGAUGAUUUUUUCGACGAAUUGGCUUCCCAAGAAGAGCUGCUCAACUUAAUCGAAUUAGUAAAAGGGUGGAAUCGGCAUUCAACCAUUGGCUACGUUUCGGAGAGAGUUAAAAUUUUAUUUUUAGCAAUAUACAACACCUUUAAUGAAUUUGCAGCCAAGGCAGAGAUUAUGCAAGGUCGGUGUGUCAAAGAUCAAAUAUUUAGCUUGGUAAGCUACAGUCUGGUUUUUUUUUUUGNUGGGCCAAAACUUUCGGAGGAAGUUAUAAAAAGUGCAGAACUUGGUGAAAUAUGCAAAUGUACGACUAUGGUGUGUAGACUCCUUAAUGACACUCAAACUUACAAGAAAGAAAAAGAAGAGAGGUCAAGUAACAUAGUCAACAUACUCGUAACACAAAGUGAAGGAACGGUUUCGGAAGAAGAGGCAGUAGAAGAGGUAAAAGAAAUGCUGGAGAAGAACAGAAGAAAAUUGCUGAGAAUGGUGCUUCAUAAGAAAGAAAGCAGUCAGUUGCCGCAAGUAUGCAAAGAUCUGUUUUGGAACACGAGCAAAGUAGCUCAUAUUCUAUACUCAAACGGCAAUGAGUUUCGUUCUCCAGAGGGACUCAAGAGUAAUAUAAACGCAUUAUUUUACAAACCAGUCGACCUAUCCCCAACACAAGCCUAAUAUAAGAGUCGCGCCAAAUAGCCAGUGCUGAAACCCCAAACAGAUUUUAAUGAGUUUUGUUGUUCUUAAACUGAAUGUUAGCUUAUCCUGAUGCUAUAUAUCUCUAUGACCAAUUGUGUUCA